UAGUAAUUAAAUUUUGACAUGCCACUUAGUUGGUACUAUCAAAAAUUUGAGAAAACAGCCGAGCAUUACAUAAAAGAUGAAUCGACCAGAAAAAGCGAUUCAGUAUAUUAUCCGGGUAAAGCCCAAGAGAUGCUUUCUAAAUGCACUUAUGAUAACAGACCAAAGACAAUUUGGGGUCUAAGAUUGAGAAAGUCUUUGGCCGAAAUAUGAGCAGAGAUCUUAAAAGGGAAAGAAGCCUAAGUUCUUUAGGAGUUGCUAAAUAUAAUAUAGAGAAUGUUCUGGGAGACUACACUUGCCAAAUUUGAUACAAUACUGCUAACUUGCGUAGGAGCUUGUUUAGUACUUGACUUGGCUCGGUCUGGUGAACUCUAUGAAUCUUUGAAAAUAUCUUCUUUCGCAAAAAUUGAGCAUGCAUAAAUCACUAUCUUCCCUUGGAUGAAUUAAUCCCUGAAAAAUAUGUACUCCAGGUGUAUGAAGAGGCUUUGUGGAAGAAGAGAGAACAGUUAGGGAUAGCUCAGAGACAAGGAAAUAACCUUAAUUGCCCAACUUGUGAUAACCCAUUUCUAUUUAUUGGUUACUGAAACUUAUUAUGAUGUAGGAUAUGAACUACAGGCCAUCAUGUAAAGUACCAACAAAGAAAUAUCGGUAAGAAAAUUAUAAGUACUGAAAUGGCAUUCAAGAAGAAUCGUAAGCCAGAUAAUAUCGCUGUAACCGAGCAAAUGCAGAGAUUUACAGACUUAACACUGACAGAACCAAACAGUAUUGAUUUAUAUCAUAUCCUCAAUGGCCCACUGCUUUAUCCUUUGUGUUAUCAUUUAUUUAAAGAAUCAAUAGAGAAAAUGUUACUAAAGCAGCAAGAUGCAUUGAAAACUCAUGACUUGAUGGCUUCCACAAAGAUUAUUGACCAAAGCGAUGUAUUAAUCAUCAAGAAAGAUAAGGAGAUUGACCAAUCUCUGCGAUUGGUCCCUUAUCGCUUGGGCAUAAGGUUAUGGUACCAGUUUAUCAAGCCCCAAAGCAAAGAAAGAAUGCGGGAAAGCUCUAAAAUUGUUCUCAAAAACAGCAAAAAUUUGUUAGUCGGCAUAGAUUUUAAGUUAGGCAACCAAUCAGCUAUUACAAUCACUGAAAAGAGUGAUGAAGAUGAAGUAGCACAAGAUCUACUGAAAGAGGAGGCUAAAACCCAGUUUCAUGGUCUAGAACAGAAGAGCCUUCAUCUGUCAGAUUUGAAGAAUUGGAAUAAAGAUCUUCUCAAAAAUCAGUAGAGGCAUGAAAAUACAGAAUUUGAUGAAAUAAACCUAACAAAGGAUAUCUCAGCUCAGACAGAGGCGCAAGUUAUGAGUGAUGAAUUUGAAGAUACGAAGGAGACUUUUGAAGAUUCACAGGAAACUAUUGAAAACUCACAAGAAAUAGUUGGAAAUGAUUCAAAGGAGACCUACCUAGUGUUCUUAUCACAACUAUGUAAUACUGAAGCUUUAACUAAGCCAGAUAUACCUUUGAUUGGGAUAGCUAAGGUUGGAGAGCCAUGUUAUGUAUAUUUGCCAACAGGUGAGUUCCAUUUGAUUUUUUACCCAGCCUCUAAAGAUAUGAGGUCAUUUCAAAAGCUGAACCACAAGCAAGAAAAGGAAGAUUUAGUGUUAUCAAUGAAAGAGCACAAAUUCUUGAUGAAUAAAAUUGUCUAACUAAAAACUCUGAAUGCAAAAUUU